AAUCAACAAUAAUAAUAUAACCUAAGUGAUAUUUAUACAUAAAUAUAUGUGGUAUUCAUACAAACAAAACGUUUACAAAUAUUUGUAUUUUGGAGUUUCGUAAGUAGAAUUUUGUUUUAAAAAACAAUAAAAUUUUAUAAAUAACAGUUCGAAUUUGUGUAAAUAAUAAUAAUAAAAAUAUAUAAUGGUGGGUCACGAAAAUAAAAAAAUACGCAGAAGUAGAUCUCGUGAACGUCUGCAUGAUCGUCGUGAACGUCGCCGAUCUCGUAGCAGAUCUAAGGAACGUAAGAAAGAUUUAUCAUCACGCAAAAGAUCACGAUCGCGCGAACGAGAUCGUUCAAGAGAACGAGAACGCGAUCGCUCAAGAGAAAGAGAACGUGACCGUGAACGAAAUCACGACCGUAAUGAACGUGGACGUUCACGCGAACGUCGGGACACAAACGUCAAAGAUAAAGAUAAAGACAAUAAAGAGCCUGGGACAAAAGCAGCCCAAGAAAAAACACGUAAGCCGAGUCCGAUAUUUAUAAUCGACGAUGACCCGAAAAAAGAUUCCGCUGGAGAGAAUAAAGAGAAGAAAGACGACGAAGAGGACGAAGACAAAUCGAAAAAUAAUAAACGAGAGCCGCUCAGUCUGGAAGAAUUGCUGGCGAAGAAAAAAGCCGAAGAGGAGGCGCGAUCUAAGCCAAAGUUUCUGUCCAAAGAAGAACGGGCAGCUCUGGCUCUGAAGAAACGACAGGAAGAAGUUGAAAAUUUACGGAAACAGCAGCAGGAAGACAGGAAGAAUGCGGGUAUCGAUGCUGGUUCGUCAAAAGACCCCCGGGAUUGGGAUGACCGGGACCGCAGGCGCGACAGUCAGCGCAGAGAAGAAGAAAAUAAAGACAAAGACAAAGAGAAAGAGGUCGAGGCCAUCAAGGAACGGUACCUGGGUCUAAUAAAGAAGAAACGUCGGGUUCGUCGGCUCAAUGACCGUAAAUUUGUCUUUGACUGGGACACUUCUGAGGACACUUCAGUGGACUACAACAACAUCUACAAGGAACGUCACCAGGUUCAAUUCUUCGGGCGCGGUAACAUCGCGGGGAUUGACAUCAAAGCACAGAAGCGGGACCAGAGCAAAUUUUACGGAGAGCUGCUGGAGAAAAGACGGACUGAAGCUGAGAAAGAGCAGGAGAAGAUGCGGCUCAAAAAGGUCAAACGUAAAGAAGAAAAACAGAAGUGGGAUGACCGGCACUGGUCCGAGAAAGCUCUCAAUGAAAUGACAGAACGGGACUGGCGGAUAUUCCGCGAGGAUUACAACAUUACUAUCAAAGGUGGCAGGAUUCCUGACCCAAUAAGAUCAUGGAAAGAGUCCGGAUUUCCUAAAGAAAUUCUUGACAUCAUCGACAAGGUCGGCUACAAAGAUCUUACGCCGAUUCAGCGGCAAGCGAUACCGAUUGGUCUGCAGAACCGCGACAUUAUCGGUGUCGCUGAGACCGGGUCCGGUAAGACGCUGGCGUUCUUGAUUCCUCUUUUACUCUGGAUCACAAGUCUGCCGAAGAUCGAGCGGCUGGAAGAAGCUGACCAGGGUCCUUACAGUAUAAUUCUCGCUCCGACUCGUGAGUUGGCCCAGCAGAUUGAGGAAGAGACGAAUAAAUUCGGGCAGCCGCUUGGUAUCCGAACUGUCGUCGUCGUUGGAGGUCUUUCCAGAGAAGAACAGGGUUUCAGAUUGCGCAUGGGCUGUGAAAUAGUAAUCGCGACUCCUGGACGGUUGAUUGAUGUCCUGGAAAACCGGUACCUUGUUCUCAAUCAGUGCACGUACAUUGUACUGGACGAGGCAGAUCGUAUGAUUGACAUGGGUUUCGAGCCCGAUGUCCAGAAGAUCUUGGAGUACAUGCCGGUGACCAACUUGAAGCCCGACAACGAGGAUGCGGAGAACGAAGAGAAGCUGCUGGCUAAUUAUAAUACCAAGAAGAAGUACCGGCAGACUGUGAUGUUCACCGCGACGAUGCCUCCGGCUGUUGAAAGACUGGCGCGCACUUACCUACGCAGACCUGCUGUUGUCUAUAUUGGCAGCGUUGGUAAACCUACGGAGAGAACGGAACAAAUUGUCCAUAUUAUGGGAGAGGCUGACAAGAGACGGAAGCUCAUGGAGAUUCUUCACAGAGGCGUCGAGCCGCCGGUUAUUAUUUUCGUCAACCAGAAGAAAGGUGCCGACGUUCUUGCUCGGGGCUUGGAGAAAAUUGGGUUCAAUGCGUGUACACUUCAUGGAGGUAAAGGACAGGAGCAGAGAGAGUACGCCCUGGCAUCUCUUAAAGGUGGCAGCAAAGACAUAUUGGUGGCGACUGACGUUGCUGGACGUGGUAUUGAUAUUAAAGAUGUAUCGAUGGUCAUUAAUUAUGAUAUGGCCAAAACUAUUGAAGAUUACACCCAUCGUAUUGGUAGAACAGGACGUGCAGGCAAAGCCGGUUUGGCGAUAUCAUUUUGUACUAAAGAUGACAGUCACCUGUUCUACGACCUCAAGCAAACGAUUUUAGGAAGUCCAAUAUCAACAUGUCCACCAGAGCUACUAAAUCAUCCAGAGGCACAGCACAAGCCUGGCACCGUCGUAACGAAAAAACGUCGCGAAGAAAAAAUAUUUGCGUAAAAUU